AUUGGCGGCUAGACUUCUCCAAUGAAAACUGGGGGCGUGGGUGGGCGGAGCCGGAAGUAGAGCCAGCCGAGAGGCCCCUGUCCGGCUGGGGAGGAGGGAAGGGGGAGGGAACUAGAGGAGGAGGAGGUUAGCCGAGGCAGCUACAGCGGCGGCGGCGUAGGGGCUGGUACGCGCUGGGCGGCGAGAGCCUCAUGGCGGAGGAAGAGAGCGAUCAAGAGGCCGAACGCCUCGGAGAAGAGCUCGUGGCCAUUGUGGAGUCCCCGCCAGGCCCUGUUGGGUUUAGAGCUGCGGGCGACGGUAGAGGUGGCGCUGGCGGCGGCAGCUGCGGUGUCGGCGGCUUUGGGAUCAGCAGUCGGGAUUACUGCCGACGCUUCUGUCAGGUCGUGGAAGAUUAUGCUGGAAGAUGGCAGGUCCCUUUGCCACAGCUUCAGGUUCUUCAGACUGCACUCUGCUGUUUUACAUCAGCCAGUGCGUCAUUCCCAGAUGAAUGUGAGCACGUACAGUAUGUUUUGAGUAGCCUUGCUUUGAGCUUCUUUGAGUUGCUGCUGUUCUUUGGAAGAGAUGAGUUUUAUGAAGAGCCCUUAAAGGAUAUUCUUGGAUCAUUCCAGGAAUGCCAGAAUCACCUCCGCAGAUAUGGAAAUGUGAAUCUGGAACUGGUGACUCGAAUCAUUAGAGAUGGUGGCCCAUGGGAAGAUCCAGUGUUGCAAGCUGUUCUUAAAGCCCAGCCAGCAUCUCAGGAGAUAGUGAACAAAUAUUUAAGUUCUGAAAAUCCACUGUUCUUUGAACUACGUGCCAGAUACCUAAUUGCUUGUGAACGCAUACCUGAAGCAAUGGCUCUUAUUAAAUCUUGUAUAAAUCACCCAGAAAUCAGCAAAGACUUGUACUUCCAUCAAGCGCUCUUCACAUGUCUGUUUAUGUCACCUGUAGAAGAUCAGCUAUUCCGGGAGCAUUUAUUGAAAACUGAUUGUAAAAGUGGGAUUGAUAUCAUCUGUAACACUGAAAAAGAAGGCAAGACUAUGUUAGCCUUGCAACUCUGUGAAUCCUUUCUUAUUCCACAACUCCAGAAUGGAGAUAUGUACUGUAUCUGGGAGUUGAUUUUCAUAUGGAGUAAACUUCAGCUUAAGUCUAAUCCUUCAAAACAAGUUUUUGUAGAUCAAUGCUACCAGCUUUUAAGAACAGCAACUAAUGUGAGAGUCAUAUUUCCUUUCAUGAAAAUCAUUAAAGAUGAGGUUGAAGAAGAUGGCCUACAGAUCUGUGUGGAAAUAUGCGGUUGUGCUCUACAACUAGAUCUUCAUGAUGAUCCCAAAACUAAAUGUUUAAUUUAUAAAACAAUUGCACAUUUUUUGCCAAAUGAUUUGGAGAUCCUCAGGAUUUGUGCACUCUCAAUAUUUUUUCUUGAGCGCUCCUUGGAAGCUUAUCAUACUGUUGAAGAGCUUUACAAACGUCCAGAUGAGGAAUAUAAUGAAGGCACAAGUAGUGUUCAAAAUCGUGUUCGUUUUGAAUUGCUUCCAAUUUUGAAAAAGGGAUUGUUUUUUGAUCCCGAAUUCUGGAACUUUGUAAUGAUUAAGAAAAACUGUGUAGCAUUAUUGAGUGAUAAAUCAGCAGUUAGAUUUCUAAAUGAAAGUACACUGGAAAACUCCAUAGGUAAUCUAAAGAAGGCAGUGGAACAGCAAGGUUUAGAUGAAGGGCUGGACUUUCUUACAGACCAGAGCACUGGAGAGCUUGAUCCUGAUGAUAUACCUAGAGUGCAACCUAAGGGUCACAUUAAUACGAAGAAAAAUCUUAUGGCUCUUAAUGUUUCCAAAGUAGAUCACAAUGUCCCAAGGCAUCGGUGUAUGUUAUGUAACAAAGAAUUUCUAGGUGGUCACAUUGUAAGACAUGCCCAGGCUCAUCAGAAAAAGGGCAGUUUUUCUUGUGUAAUAUGUGGUAGGAAAUUUAGAAACAGAGGACUUAUGCAGAAGCAUUUAAAGAAUCAUGUUAAAAAAAUACAAAGACAGCAAAUUGCUGCAGCCCAACAAGAGGAUCAGGAAAUCCCUGCUUUGGAAGAAGUAAAUUGUUCAGAUACUUUCAUUUCAUUUGAAAAUGGGAAUUCUGGUAGUAAAGAUUUGGAAAUAGAGACAAUUACUGCUUCCAGUGAUGGAAACAAAGAAGUCAUUCCUGCACAUGUGGCUGAGUUCAUUGAAAUUCCCGUAAGUGUCUCGGAAGAGGUUAUUGAAAACAUGAUUGAGAAUGGAAGUCCUGAGACUUCUUUAAAUAAUGUUUCAGAGCCUUUGCCUGUAUGUGAGGAUGACUAUGAGGAGGAAGAGGAUGAAGAAGGUGGUUACGAAGAUGACGAUUAUGACCUGAAUCAAGAAACUUCAGUACUCCAUAAAAUCAAUGGAACUGUGUGCCAUCCAAAAGACAUAUAUGCUACAGAUCAAGAAGGAAACUUUAAGUGCCCUGCUCUUGGUUGUGUCAGGAUAUUUAAAAGAAUUGGCUUUCUAAAUAAACAUGCAAGGACUGUACAUCCAACGGAUUUAAAUGUGCGGCAAACAGUAAUGAAGUGGAGCAAAGGGAAAUGCAAAUUCUGUCAGAGGCAAUUUGAAGAUUCUCAACAUUUUAUCGAUCACCUUAAUCGACACAGCUAUCCAAAUGUGUAUUUUUGUUUGCAUUUUAAUUGCAAUGAGUCGUUUAAGUUGCCGGUCCAGCUUGCUCAGCACACAAAAAGUCAUAGGAUAUUUCAAGCUCAGUGUAGUUUUCCAGAAUGCCAUGAGCUUUUUGAAGAUCUUCCUCUCCUAUAUGAACAUGAGGCUCAGCACUAUUUAAGUAAAACACCAGAAUCAUCUGCACAACCAAGUGAAACAAUUCUUUGGGAUGUUCUUACAGACUCAAAUCCUAAUCAUCAGGAAAAAGACUCAUCUAGUAAUGAGAAACAAACUAUUAGUCUGCCAGUUUCUACUAGCAAAUCAAGGAAAGAUUCCACAGAACCAAAGACAUGUACAGAAAGUAUGGAAAAGAAAACAGAUGGUUUAGUUCAGAAUGGAAAUGAACAUUCUGAUGACACUGUUUCUGAUAUAAGCUUGACAGACCAAAAGAUGCCUGACAGAGAGCCAAAUUCUGAAAAUAAUUGUAGUAUUAGUGAUUUAGUCAAUGGACACAGUGGAAUAGAGCAGACACCUUUAGUUUCGUCAGAUCCUGCUUUGAAAAUGGAUACAAAUAGAAUCAGGACAGAAAACGGUUCCAUUUUACCCAGUGUCGUACCACAGGAACAUAAUACCCCGCCAGUAUCUCAGGCACCUUCCAAACCAAAUCUGACGAGUGAACACACUUCAUAUGGCUUAAUUUUAACAAAGCCGUAUGUCAGACCACUGCCUCCCAGUUACCUUGAUGAACGGUACCUUAGUAUGCCAAAACGCAGAAAAUUUCUGACUGAUAGAGUAGAUGCCUGUUCUGAUCAAGAUAAUGUUUGUAAAAAAUCCGUGAAAAGAUUAAGAUGUGGCAAAUGCCUGACCACCUACUGUAAUGCAGAAGCACUUGAGGCUCACCUUGCACAAAAGAAAUGUCAGACACUCUUUGGAUUUGAUUCAGAUGAUGAAAGUGCCUGAUAAAAAUGUUUCAGAAAGAUCUGUCGAUCAAGCAGUAGUGUGAAAAAAGCACUGCAAGAAAUUGCAUCAUCAGUUUGCUAUUUUCCUGAUGGCCUUAAUUUUCAUGCGGUCUUGGAUUACUAAAGAUAAAGACAAAAGCACAUUUUCUAGAAUGAACUCAGAGAGGAGAUGUGCUGGUUUAGACUCCAAAAGGGUUAUUACAAAACUCCCAAAGUACCAGUUAUCCAGAAAACCACAUUUUUUAAAAAAGUUGAUGACUAUUAUUGCAGCAUGUUCGGUUUCACUUAUAUGAGAAACGUGUUCAGGCAACUAGUCAGAAAGAAAUACCAGCUAUGGCCUUACAGAAAGGGAAAAGUUAAUCCAUUAUUAAAAAAGAAGGGGGGAGGGGUUGGUUUACAAUAAACAACUUAAAAGUAUUCUACAAAUGAGAUUUGUUUUCUUGUCAUACAUAAUCAGAUUAUGUCCUCCCUUUUCAAACAUGGUUUAAAGAACUGUUGCUAUUUGGUUUAUUAUAAUUUAGAAAAUGAUACAUGAAAAUAAAACUUGAUUCACCGCCAUGCUAUCCAUGGAAGAUUGUAACUUAUUUCCAAGUUGGUUGAUCAGACAGAACAGAGUUCAAUGAAUGUUAUGCCAGCAUUGAAAAUUAAAAAAAAAAACAAAAGAAACAAAACACUUUGCUAAUAAACUCUUAAUAGAACCUUCCACUUUCCAUUUUUGUAAUACCAGUGAAUUGUUUUUAAAGGCAGCAGUGUCAGUUAAAUAGAAAAAGUACCAUCAGUAACUUUGGGGAGAGCUGGGAGGAAUCUAAGACCAUAAAGGCUAUCUAAUUGAAGGAAAACACUGAAUUGCAAAUAACUCAAUGUGAAUAAUGGUAUAAGCACACUGGGAUAUUUCUAUUUGUAUAUAGAGUAGUGUUACUAGGACAUUGCUUGAUGAUUCAUAGUAAGGUCCUUUUAGACAUUAAUGUGAGUUAUCUAAGUACAGUCCUAUCAAAAUAACUGGCUGUAAAAAAAA